AUGGUAGAAUCCUAUUUGACUCUUUAUCAUAGGGCUAUAGCUGUAUCCGGGCUCCUUGCCAAUUUCGUCAUGUUUGGAGUAGUUUCAGUAUGGGGCGUUUUUUCACAGGCGUAUUCGGUAUCGACUCUAGCAGGCAAAGCAACGACACUACAGCUAAUGGGCGUGGGUAGCCUUGUCGGUGUCGUGACAAAUAUAUGUUCUCCUGUUACUAUUUUGUUAGUACGGUUUGGUACACGCUUCAAUUAUGCUUUUGGAAGCAUUCUAUCGUGUCUUGGACUCAUAUUAGCCGGCUUCAGCACCGAGGUGUGGCACUUGUAUCUCUCUCAAGGUCUCCUUUUUGGUUUUGGCGCUUCACUUCUAUAUAUGUCGGUAGCAUCGGUUAUUCCACAAUGGUUCACUAAAAGACGUGCUACAGCAAUGGGAAUCAGCAGUGCUGGUACAGGAUUGGGUGGUCUGGCAUUAAGUCCUAUGGUUAGUUCGCUAAUCAUAAGAUUUGGAAUACCAUGGGCCUAUCGGAUCCUCGGCCUUUUCUCAUUAGGCGUGUGCUGUUUGGGAACAAUCCUCAUUAAAGACCGGUAUCCUAGCUCACAUCGGAAGCAAAUGCCUAUCAAAUCACCUAUUCAACUUUCCAUGCUCAAGGGCAUCGAUUUCAAUGUGUGGCUGAUAGGAGCGGUUACCGCAUUGACGGGCUACGUGGUUCCUUUAUUUUACCUACCAAAGUAUGCUGCUAGCAUCGGGAUAAAUCAAACAGAUUCCGCAAACUUGCUUGCAAUUCUGUGUGCUAUGAAUGCAAUUGGCCGCAUAGCAUUCGGAUACGUUGGCGACAAGAUUGGCCGACUUAAUAUGCUAGUCAUUUCGUCAAUGUUUUCUGGCUUGGUAUCUUUUGUCGUUUGGCCAUUUGCUACUUCGUACAACGUUCUACUUGUUUAUUGCAUCUUGUGGGGCCCACUAUGCGGUAUGUAUUAUGGAUUGGCUGCACCUAUCACCGCAAGUGUCGUUGGCAUGGAAAAGUUAGGCUCUGGAUUAUCGAUCCUUUUUAUCGUCAGUGCAAUUGCUGCCUUAGGAGCACCUAUGGCAGCUGCCAUACAGCAAGCAGUGCCGGAUAAUGGAUACCUUGGUGUACAGAUGUUUGUUGGAUCUGUGUACGUCGGUGGUGCCUUUAUCUGUUUAUACUUGAAAUAUCGCCUUACACGUUCGCUAUUGGCGUUCUGUUGA